CAUAAUAAUGUACCAGAAGUUUUCGUUACCAUUGAUUUCCCUUUAGGCUUCAAUCUUCCAAAUAAAGAAGCACCUGAAGAGUGUGAUGUGAAUCAACAAUCUGUAAUCGUUAACUUUUUCAAACAACAAUAUUACACACUGGCUGGAAAAUGGCUGGGAGAUUCUAUUCAAGUGUUUGAAUCCGAAGAUGUAGAGUUCGUGACUUUAAAUCUUAAACUUCGAUUAUCUGGCGGUAAAGGUGGGUUCGGUUCGAUGCUCAGAGUACAAGGUGGAAUUGCUGAACAACCACCAACAAAGAAUAUACGUUUUGAUGAUACUGAAUAUCUUAAAGCUAGCGAAGAAAUAAAGAAAACAACCAAGUUGCUGUAUCUAAAAUCAAAUUCUACUAUUAGUAGCAAUUCUGCCGCUGGCAAUUCAAGGCUCUCUCAUUAUGGUAAAUAUUUCGAAAAUCUAUCGUUUUCAUUAUUUUUAAAAUUUACAGUUGUCUUUAGGGAUGUCGAUAGUGGAUCUGAUAGUAGUGAAGACGGUGAAUCUGAUACACAAAACGAAUUCGGUUUGUGCUACGCUUUGAGAUGUGCAUGCCGGUUACGGAUUAGUUUGAAAGACCAGCACUUUGUUGGGAUGAGCUGCUUGCCUAGUGGGGAUAUAAUAGCUCAUUGUUGGGGUGAGCUAUUUUGGUCUAGCGAGGAUAUAGAAAGUCAAGAUUUAAGUUAUUUCGGCACGUCGUCUUGGCAAAAUAAUUAUGAAAUGUUCUUACCGAAAUGA